AUGGCCCAAGACAUUCUCAGUGUGGCAAUCAAGCUGGACUCCCAACUCGCAGCCGCGAGCCGUCCCCCACCGAGUCUGGGAGUAGACUUCGCUGAGGGCCUUCCUGCCGAUAUCGAGGCCACGAGAGCCGACCUUGUGGACAAGCUCCAUGAAGCAAAGCGCUUUGGACUUGGAUCCAGGGGUACCCUCUGGGAAAUGGGCUUCCAAUUUACAGAUGAGAUGACCCUCAGAGCUAUCUACGAAUUUCGUCUUGCACAUCACGUGCCGUUGGACAGCAGUGCAACAUUUGACGAGGUUUCGAAGGCAAGCGGGUUAAGCCUAGCCCUAACCGAGCGUCUCAUUCGCCAGGCCAUGGCAAGUCACAUAUUCACUGAGGCACCGGACCAGCCCGGACACGUGAUUCAUACAGCUACUUCACGCCUGCUGGCUACUGAUGCGGAUGCUAUGGACGCCAUCGGGAUGCUCACCGAGGAUCUGUCUCCUGCAUGCAAUCGGUUUGAUGAGGCUGUUAGGCAGUGGGGAAUCGGUGCGUGCUCGGGCAAUGGUGAACCACACCAUGCAGCUUCAGCCUUCGUCCAUGACGGUGCCGGCAUGUUUGACUUUCUGGCCAAACAUCCUGACCGUGGGCGCCGGUUUAGUGCUGGAAUGCGGUAUUUUGGCCGCGGCUCAGGUUGGGAUUUGGAGCAUCUCGUGAAGUCGUACCCUUGGCAUGACGUUGACGUUGCCGGUGCUACCUUUGUCGAUAUUGGCGGAGGGUACGGCACUGUCUCGCAGGUGCUGGCAGCAUCAACGAAUCACAUCAAAUUCUUGGUUCAAGAUUUGCCUCAUACUGUAAAACAGGGGGCAGCAGCACUUCCCAAUCCACUGAGGUCACGGAUUUUCUUCGAGGAGCACGACUUCCUUACACCUCAGACACACAAAGGCACGGAUGUCUUUUUUCUCCGCUGGAUACUCCAUAACUGGGGAGACCAAAAUGCAUUGCAGAUUCUCAGGAGCCUCAUUCCGGGUAUGAAACACGGCACGCGCGUCGUCAUCUACGAAUUUGUCCUUUCAAAUGGGCCCGAAACCAAGUUGUCCAGGAAGCAGCCUCGCAAUCUUGAUCUUGUGAUGCUCGCCUGUUGGAACUCCCCUGAGCGCACUGAAUCCAUGUGGAAGGAACUUAUAGGGCGUGUAGAUACCAGACUAAAAUUCGUAGGAGUCCGGGGAUCUGAGGGUAGCUUGAUGUCUGUUAUAGAGGCAGUCUGGGAGGAUCAGACGGAGACUUCUUAG